CGUGUCUCAGGUUAUGGACGUUUUCUGUCCCCUCCUAAGUGGUUUUUCAAUUUCACAAAUUAAAGAGCCUCUCUCUCUCUCUCUCUCUCUCUCAUUUGAAAAUAGCAAUGGCGACGAUUGCAAUUAUCGGAGCUGGUAUCUUCGUGAGGACUCAGUACCUUCCUAGACUGUCAGAGAUCUCGGAUCUCUUCCAUCUGAAAGCCAUUUGGAGCCGCACGCAGGAAUCCGCAAGAGCUGCCGUUGAAAUAGCCGAUAAGAACUUCUCCGGCGUUCAAUGUAAGUGGGGAGAUGAAGGCCUUGAUGAUAUUAUCCGUGAUUCAUCCAUCACCGCUGUUGCUGUUGUUUUGGCUGGACAAAAUCAGGUUGAUAUUUCACUCAAGAUGCUCAAGGCUGGUAAACAUGUUCUUCAAGAGAAACCAGCAGCAGCUAGUGUAAAAGAUUUGGAAACUGCAUUGCAUAACUACAAAUCAAUUUCUGCUGAUGCUCCUCGACAAGUAAUUUGGUCUGUGGCUGAAAAUUAUCGAUUUGAGCCUGCCUUAGUGGAGUGCAAGAAACUAGUUGCUGAAAUUGGGACAAUGAUGAGUGUUCAAGUUAUUAUUGAAGGAUCGAUGAACAGUUCAAACCCCUACUUUUCAAGCUCUUGGAGGCGCGGUUUCACUGGAGGUUUCAUUCUUGAUAUGGGUGUGCAUUUCAUUGCUGGGUUAAGAAUGGUUGUUGGGUGUGAAGUGGUUUCAGUUUCGGCUAUGACAUCUCAUGUGGAUUCGUCUUUACCUCCCCCAGAUAAUAUAUCAUCUGUCUUCCAUUUGGAGAAUGGUUGUUCAGGAGUAUUUGUAAUGGUUGUCUCCUCGAGAACACCCAAGAUCUUGUGGCGAGUUGUUGGCAUGAACGGGACAUUGCAAAUUGAGCGUGGAUUUCAAGGACAACAUGGCUACCUGGUUUCAUUAUAUGGUGUUGAUGGACAAAGUAAAAGCUCCUUUUUCCCAUUCAGUGGAGUAACUGAAGAAUUAAAAGCUUUUAUUAGUGAUGUAUCUGAAAGCACUCUUAAGGGAGCUGUGUCCACUGAUCUAAUUUACUUGUCAUUUGCAGAAGGGGAGUGAGUUAGUGGCUGAGCCCCGCCUCUCUUACAUUGAAGGUGCAAGAGAUGUUGCUGUUUUAGAGGCAAUGCUUGAAUCCGGAGCAAGGAAGGGUGAACUAGUUCAUGUUAAAAGGUUUUGAAGUUAAGAAACCCAUGGAAAUAGCUUCGUUGCCUACAUAAUUCAAUAUCAGUGAAUUAUUUUAUAUUGAUCAUGAACAUAGUGCUUGUAAAAGCAGUUGAUGUGUAUGAAUAAUUCCUGUGUGUAAAGAACAAUUAGAUUGGAUGACUUUGUAUUCAUUUAUUGAAAUAAUUGCUGAUGAAGAAACUAUUAUUUCCGGAUUCCGAUCACAGCAGAUAUAUAUGAUCAUGCAUCUUUAACUUUUAA